AUGGCAGAAGAAAUUGCAAGGGGGCUUCAACACAGUGGAGUUAUUGCAUACGUUGAUCCAGCAUAUUUAAAAGACCCGAAUAGAUCUCAAAUUUCUAGCCAAAAGGUUCCGUUCGAUGGUUGGCGCGAUUAUGAAAUACUUUUACGUGUUAUUUAUGGUGGUCGAAUGGGUCCUGUUGAACAAACACCUCAAGAUUAUCAAUCUCUUUACCAAGAUGCAUGUAAUGGUGAUCCUUUAAAACGACCACAAACUUAA